AUGGGCACCAGUGACAAGCCCAGCACGGCUGAUUUUCACGGCAUCAUGGCAAACACGGCUGGCUGCGGGGCCUAUUGUUCUGAAGACUUCAUCGAGUCAAGUACUGCCAAGUACAAUGAUUCGGACUUUAUUUUGCAUCCACCAAACCCUAUGAGCUACUAUCCUGAACUAUCAAUUGCUUCCAACAAGAUUGAUCCCCAAUUCUGCAAUGUCAGCUGUGAUGACACAUCAGCUGGUUGGUGCCUAACCAGUGUGGCGGAGCACCCACGGACCGACUCUGAUGUAACUCUCAGCUACAUAGAACAGAUGUUGAUGCAGGACAUUGAUGACAAGGUCAGAGCACCUCAUGGAGAGACUGCCAUUAGAAGCAUGGAGGAGUCCUUCUAUGAACUUCUUGGACAAAAGUAUCCAGUUUUGCCUUACUUACUACCACUUUGUGGAUGUGGUCGCCUAGAGAACCUAAAUGGCAAUGUCAGCAGGCUUGAUGGACAAUUAUGCUGCAAUUGCUCUGUUUAUAUCAGCUCAGAUGAUUAUCACCCCAAUGAAAACUCACAAGCAUCUCAGGCUCCGUGGACUUUAUCUGCAAUUGUUGGAGAGGCAAAACAAUUCCCUCUGGGUGCUGAAAGAAUGGAAAUUGGUUUGAACAUCAAUGGCCUUUCAAUUGCCAAAAAGCCUAGCCGAGAUUAUCAUUCACCUCAUAUGAAUGACAUAGACACAAUGAAGGAUGCAUCAUUUGAAGUUCGAGGUCGAAAAGUUUAUCCGGGUAUAGAAGAGCUUGAUUUGUUAGAAGGAAGGAGAAACAAGCAGAUUGCUUUUUCCUCCGAUGAGCCGACGCGAAAUGAGGCGUUCGACAAGGUUCUGCUUUGCUCUGACCAGAAGCCCAUAGGUGAAGGUAUUAUUUCGCAACAAACCAUGGCAGAUACAUACACCAAGUAUGCACAUAAAGACCAUGGAAGAAAACCAUCUAGGCAAACAACGAGAGGUAAAGCACGGAAGAAGAAAGAGGUAGUGGAUCUCAGAACUCUCCUUAUACAUUGCGCACAAGCAGUAUCUGUGAACAACCAUAGCUUAGCAAGUGGCAUACUUAAAAGCAUAAGACAACAUUCUUCACCAAGUGGCGAUGAUACCCAGAGGCUAGCGUUCUACCUAGCAGAUUGCCUGGAGAUAAGAUUGUCUGGAAAUGGGAGUCAGAUAAACCGGAACUUCAUCACUACACCAAGGAGUGCAGCAUAUAUUCUAAAGCUAUUCCAUCUUUGUUUCACAGUAUCUCAUUACUUGAGAUCAUCAUAUUAUUUCUCGAACAAAACCAUCCUUGAUGUCUCAAAGGGAAAAUCACAAGUGCACAUUAUUGAUUUUGGCAUUUGCUUUGGUUUUCAAUGGCCAUCAUUAUUGAAACAAUUAGCAGAUAGGGAAGGUGGGCCGCCUAAGCUUCGGAUUACAGGUAUAGAACUGCCCAUGCCCGGUUUCUGGCCAGAUGGAAGGAAGAACAACACACAGCUGCGAUUAGUUGAAUAUGCCGGCAUGUUCAAAGUACCUCUUAAAUACCGGCAGAUCUCAUCAAAGUGGGAAUCCAUCUCCAUUGAAGAUUUGAACAUUAACAAAGGUGAAGUGCUCAUAGUCAAUUGUAUAAAUCGAAUGAAGAAUAUUGCUGAUGAGACAAUAUCCAUCAACAGCGCCAGGAACAGAGUGCUCAAUACCAUAAAGAUGAUGAAGCCGAAAGUUUUCAUACAUGGAGUUGUUAACGGAUAUUACAACACCCCCUUCUUUUUAUCACGUUUUAAGGAAGUCAUGCACCACUAUGCUUCACUGUUUGAUAUGCUUGAUAAAACGACUCCACGAGAUAACGAGGCAAGAUUAAUCCUGGAGAGGGAUAUAUAUAAAUAUGAAAUGCUCAAUGUCAUUGCAUGUGAAGGAUCAGAAAGGAUUGAGAGGCCCGAGAGUUACAAGACAUGGAAGUUGCGAAGCCUCAGGGCCAGGUUUGAGCAGCUUCCACUGAAUCCAAAAAUUGUUCAAGGAAUACAACAUAUUGUGAGACAGAUUUAUCACAAAGACCUUUUUGUCGACGAAGAAGACCAAUUCCUAGUGUUGGGUUGGAAGGGAAGGAUAGUCUAUGCAUUAUCCACAUGGAAGCCAAGUGAGUCUAACAAUGAAGGCACUGAUGAUAUUUGA